AGGACCUCCACACAGGCAUCUGAUGAUACUGCCGGCUGACACACUAUUCAUUUGAUAAAAUAAACACAGCAGUAUUUUGUCGCCGCAUACAGGCUCGGAUGGAACCGAGGAUGUUCGUUUCAAUUAUAGUCAGUCUAAUCUGACGAAUGUCUGAGGUGUUUAAGGGGGAAAUGUGUGGAUUUAUGGAGUCAGAGCUUUAAAUGAGGAUCAUGGCGUUUCCGGAGGGAGAAUCACUCGAGUCCUGGCUCAACAAAGCCACACACCCAACCAACAGGCAGGAGGACUGGGAAUAUAUAAUCGGGUUCUGUGACCAGAUCAAUAAGGAGCUGGAAGGUCCUCAGAUAGCUGUGAGACUCCUGGUUCACAAGUUCUGCGCUCAAGAAUGGGAAGCCCUUCAGGCUUUGACGGUUCUGGAGGCCUGUAUGAAGAACUGCGGCCGAAGAUUUCACAAAGAAAUUGCCAGAUAUAGAUUUUUAAAUGAGCUGAUCAAAGUGGUUUCACCUAUGUACAUGGGGAACAACAUUUCAGAAAAAGUGAAAAAUAAGAUAAUAGAGAUGUUGUACAGCUGGACGGUGGCGUUCCCCAAUGAGGCCAAGAUAGCAGAGGCAUACCAGACGCUCAAGAGACAGGGACUGGUGAAAUCAGACCCAGAGCUGACAGUGGACAAAACCCUGAUCCCGUCUCCUCCGGCACGACCCAAAAACCCAGUGUUUGACAAUGAGGACAUGGGGAAGUUGCUGGCUGAACUUCUGAGGAGCAAAAACCCUGAGGAUCUUCAGGAGGCCAACAGGCUCAUCAAAAACAUGGUGAAAGAGUGCAUACUGUGGAGGAAACCAGAGCACCUGGAGAAAACCCAUGCCGACACGGGGAGAACAUGCAAACUCCACACUGGCCUAGCCGAGGGUCGAACCAGCGACCUUCUUGCUGAUGACGCCCGCGUGCACAAACUGACCAAGCGUAUCAACACGCUGGAGGAAGUGAACAACAACGUCAAGCUCCUGACUGAAAUGCUGAGUCAAUACGACAGAGAGCGAUCGUCAGACGCCGACCGCGAGCUCAUCAAGGAGCUGUACGAGCGCUGUGAUAAACUCAGACGCACCGCCUUCAAACUGGCCACUGAAGCUGAGGACAACGACUCCAGCCUGGGAGACAUUCUUAAGGCAAACGAUGAUCUGUCCAGAGUGAUCAGCUGCUAUAAGCGAAUCGUUGAAGGACAGGCGGACGACGGUGAGGCUGAAGAGCUCAGACCGGCUGCUGAUGAAGCAUGUGAGACCGGCACAGGCACACUCAUUGAUCUGGCUGGACUGGAUGAACCUUCCUCUCCUCCUUCACCUCCUCCUCCAGCUCCAGCUCCUCAGAUCUCCUUAGCCAAUCAGAAGGCCUCCUCCAUCCCUGUAUUGCCGCCUCCUCCUCGACGAUUGGCCGGUGCUCAUGGCAGUCAGACGAGCAGCCCCAAUCACAAAGCAGCAGAGCAUCAGAGCUCUCUCUCCCUGCUGGACGACGAGCUCCUGUCUCUCGGACUGAACGAUUCUCCCUCUGUGCCAAACAGACCAAAGCUGGAUGAUUUAUCCGCUCAGUGGACGUCUCUACAGGCUCCUGAUCCGGGCCUGGACCUGUUCGGGAGCAUCUCAGCCCCGAGCGCCGUCUUUCCAUCAACACACACUCCUGCGCCGCCCUCACACACACUCACACACGCUCAGGGCCUGCAGGAGCUCUCCGUGCUGGACUUUGGAGGUGAAAAGAGUGUUUGUGGAGCGAGUGGCAUCGCUGGAGGAGCGUUUGGUCAGUCUGCAGCAGUGAUGUGCUCGGCAGCUCCUUUGUCCUCCUCUAACCCGUUUGUGAGUGCACCACUGUCCGGAUCUCCGGCUGUCUCCCGGGCUCAGGCUGUGACGGGCGGAUCAGCUCCAGGGAGCCCUUUCUUUCAGCCCUUCUCGUCUCCCUCUCACUCUCUGCAGAGCAGCCCGGCCCGCAGCUCUGAGCCCAGCCUAACCAACCUGCACGUCCCGCUGGAGGCCAUCAGACCCAGUAAAGUCUUACCUGUGACGAUGUAUGAUAAGGAUGGAGUUCGUGUUCUCCUGCACUUUGCGAUGGACUGUCCGCCGGGUCGAUCAGAUGUCCUGGUCAUGGUGGUGUCGCUGCUCAACACGGCACCGCUGCCUGUGAGGAAUGUAGUUCUGCAAGCAGCCGUGCCCAAGUCAAUGCGAGUGAAGCUUCAGCCUCCGUCUGGCACAGAGAUCUCUCCCUUUAACCCCAUCCUGCCCCCCGCAUCCAUCACUCAGGUCAUGUUGCUCGCUAACCCGCUGAAGGAGCGUGUGCGUCUGCGCUAUAAGCUGGCGUAUCUUCUGGGAGAGCGUCAGUAUUCAGAGGUUGGAGAGCUGGAUCAGUUUCCUCCAGCAGACAGAUGGGGCUCGCUGUAGAUUUAACUGUUUCCUCAUUCAUUUCUGUUCAAUCAGUGGUUUACUGUAGCCUUGUGAAGCAGCGUUUGAUGCUUGAUGUUUCAGCUGGAUAUUAAUACAAUAACACAACUGUCAGUGACGCACAUGAUGGUCAGAAGAGGACACACACGAUUCAGAGACCGCUCUUAACAGGGUAAUCAUGGUUUACAUUAAAAUACCACGAUAAAAUCAAUUCAAGCAGCACUUUAAUAAUGUACGAAUGCGAAUAA